CGAAACGGCAAUAUGGCCGGCCAGAUGUGUCAGAGGUAGGGUGUAAUGUACACUCAGUUUUCAGUGUUGCACUUUAAAGUAAAAAACUGUUAAAAACGAUAACCAACAUACAAAAAGAAUAUUUUAUUAUUAAAAAACAUACAGUUUGUGUUUUUAUUAUUAAAAAAUUAUUUAAAAAAAAAGGAUAUAUAAUUGAAAAAAAAAAUAAAAAUAAACAAAAACAGUGAGUGGAGUGUUUUUUAUAUCAAAAAUAAAAAAAAAAAAAUAAUAUAAUUUUAAUAAUUUAAUUAAUAAUUAUAAAAUACAAGUGUUUAUUUAUUUUUUUUAUUGUUAUUUUUUUUAACAAAAACGCGUUCUUAUUUAUGUCGUAUUAUCGUAAAUCCUGUCCAAAUUUAGCUUGUAUACAUGGAAUCAGUGACAUCCUCUGUCGAGGUAGAAAUUCACUUUGCAUGAGGGCAUAGCACUUACCCCCCAGCUCAACGACCAUGAAUGAAGUGAGCAUAUCAUCCGCCCGUGCGUCGGUGGUGGUCUACGACGACAUCAAUAAAAGAUGGGUACCAAGUGGAAGUUCAUCAGGUUUAUCAAAAGUACAACUUUAUCAUCAUCUUGUUCACAAUACAUUUCGUGUUGUUGGACGUAAAUUACAAGAUCAUGAAAUUGUUAUUAAUUGUGCUAUAUUAAAAGGACUUAAAUAUAAUCAAGCAACUGUUACAUUUCAUCAAUGGCGUGAUAAUAAUCAAGUUUAUGGAUUAAAUUUUUCAAGUAAAGAUGAUGCUGAAACAUUUGCCAGGGCAAUGCUCCAAGCACUUGAUAUGCUGAGCAAUGGUAGUAAUAUAUCGAGAAGUCUUGUGCCAACUGGCAGUCCAGCUGGUCAACAACAACCACCAUUGCAACAACAACAACAACAACAACAACAACCUCUGGUUUAUUCACAACAACCUCAACAAUCACAACAGCCACCUUCUCAGGGUACAACUCAGUAUGAGGAGGACAUGGGCUACAGGACAAUGACAAAAGAGGAUGUUGCAAUUAUUCAAGAACGUAGAAUGUCUCAACAAAGUCAAGGAUCAAAUGGUGCUAAUGCUGUGUCACCAAGUUAUCCAGCAACAAGUCAACAACAACAACAACAAGGUCAUCAUCGAACAUCAUCAGCUCCACCAGCUCCCCAACCACAGCCACCACCAAUGCCAGGAAAUCCAUUGAUAAGACCACAACAAAGUGGUGGUCCACCAGUUGCUCCUCCACCACCAUCAACAGUAGCAGUAACAGUUGCAACAACAUCAUCAGUACCACCACCACCAGUUGCACCACCAGCACCACCAUCAAUGGCAAAUUAUAAUGCGCCAGUACCACCACCAAUGGUUCAUCCAUAUUCACAAUCACCAUCACAAACAAAUAUUACAAAUCAAUCAGCACAAUCACAAGCUAUUUAUUCAACACAACAAAUUAAUCAAUAUGCAACAAAUCAAAAUCAAUAUACAGGUGGUAGCCAAACAAAUCUUUAUUCUGGUAAUGCUAAUGGUAAUGCUGGUAAUAAUAAUAGUAAUAAUAACAGCAUCAACAACAACAACAACAGCAAUAAUAAUAAUCAAAAUUAUCAAAAUCCACAAGGUAAUGGUGUUGGUAAUGGUGUUGUUGCUGUUGGUAGUGGUGGUAAUCAGUAUUCAAGUCAAACAACAUACUCUGGUAAUAGCCAGUAUGGAAGUAGUAAUUCAAUAAAUCAAUAUCCAAGUUCACCAAGUCAGUAUGCACAAGGACAACAAACAUAUUCAACAACAACAAAUCAAAUACAAUAUGGACAAAAUUGUAAUAAUAAUAAUAAUAAUUCUAAUCCAUAUGGUACACCAGUUAAUAAUGUUAAUCAGUAUUCAUCAAGUGGUGCAAUAUCAACAAUAACAAAUAAUACAAAUGCAUAUGCAUCAACUGGUAGUAUUGGUGGACCACCACCACCACCAAUGGGACCACUAAAUGGACAAAUUAAUGUAACAUCAAGUGUUAAUACAAAUAAUGCUGCACCACCACCACCUCCACCACCACCAGUUCCAAAUUCAAAUAGUAAUGGAUGUACAAGUAACAAUGAACAGCCAGAAAUUAAUGCAAAUUCACUUGCUGCUGCAUUACAAGCUGCUAGAUUAAAGAAAAAACAGCAACAAUCACAGUCUGUUGAAAAUAGUGGAUCAAGUACAAGUAGCAGUGGAAGUGGUGCUGGUAAUUAUGGAACAAUUGGACGUGGUGCUGGUGGAGCUGGUGGAGGUAACAGUGGCAGUAGUAGCGGUGGUGGAAUGGCAUCAAUGAUGGAUGAAAUGGCCAAGACACUUGCUCGUCGUCGUGCUGCUUGUGAAAAGAAACAACCUGAACAACCUCCAGAGCCAGAUAAUUCACCAGAUAAAAAAUCAGGUGAUAAAAACGGUGGUAACAAAUUUUCAAAUGGUAAUGAAUCACCAAAGUCAGCUAGAAAAAGAUUUGGCUCAGCAUCUGAAGAUACAAUAUUAAAAGUCAAUGGAGUCAAUGAGAGUGGUUACAUUACUUCACAAGAAAUGGAUGCAUUCAAAGCUGAAAUUAUCAAAGAAGUACGAAAAGAAUUUCAAAAAAUGAAAACUGAAAUUGUCGAGGCUUUAAAAGGAGAAUUAAGUAGAAGAUAAAGAUUAAAUAAAACAACAUUCUCCAAUUGAAAAAAAAAUAAUGAAAUUUGACUAGUUAAACCGCCACAUCAUCGACAACAAUAUCAAAUAUUUUUAUUGUUUUUUUUAACUAUAAAAAAAAGAAAAACAAUAUUUAUGGUAAAAAGAAAAUUUAAAAAAAUAUUGUCUAGUAAUUUCCAUGUAUAUCAGCCAUUUGUGUGUAAGUACGUUUAAUUCAAUUUAGUAUUAAUAAAUAAUACAAGCUUAAAAUAUAUCCCCAAUUAUAAUUAUCAAUUAUAAUUAAAUUAACAAAAUCGCCAAUCGAGUUGAUCAUCAUCAUCAUUCAAUUGUAAACGCACACUGGCUAAUUUUUAAAUUACUUUUAUUAAUUGACAAACUAUUUUAACACAAUGACAGUCUUGUGGUAUUUUUUUUUCUUCGUCUUUAUAUAUUUUAAAAUAUAUAUCUACUUGUUUUCAACUCGAUUGGUGUUGCAUGGUUUAAAAAAAAUAAAAAUUAUAAUAAUGGCUUGAUCGUCGCCGUGUUCGUAAAAUUAUUUAAAAAAUAUGCACAAAAAAAUUAUAGCUGUACAGUUUAAUCACCAAUGUCGUGGCAUAAAUUUUUUAAAAAAUUAAAAAACUUAAAUAUAAUAAAUAAAUUUCUUUAAUUGAAUUUUUCAUGAAACUUUUUGUACAAUUUUGUGGUAAUAUUUGUAGUGAAUUUAAAAUUGUUGUAAUUUUUUAAUAAUUAUUAAAUAACAUAUCACAUAAAUUGCGAUACAUUCCUUUGGAGUUAUUAUCCAGACUGUUCAAGCCAUUGAAAAAAAAUAAAAUUGUUAUACAACUGUCUUUAUUGGAUAAAUAUAUAUCCAUGUGAUUUUAUUGUCAUAAUUUAUUAUAAAUUAAAUAAUAUUUAAAAAUAGCUGCCACGACUUGGGAGAAUCAAACCCUUCCUUGUUUUGAGGAAAAUAAAAACAUAAAUAAUUCAAUAUAACAAUAAAUAAAUAACAAAAAAAAAUACAAUAAAUAUAUUAUAAACAAAAAAAAAUUGUUUAAAAUAUUUAAUUAUAAAUUAAAUAAAAAGUUAAUUAAAAGUGCGAAGAUUUAAAUGUUAAACGACAUUAAUUUUUUUUAUUUUACAUUAAAUAAAAUUAAUAGACAUUUUUAAUUGAUAAAAAUAAUAAAUAUUAUUAUUAAAUUUAUUAUUAACAAGUCAACGUACUGUACCGUGAGUGUCCUUGACAUUUGACAAAUUAAUUUGCAAAAAAGAAAAAUACUUUUCUUUGUUUUUUUCGUAGUAAAAUGUUUUUUUUUUUUUUUUGAUAAAAUUUAUAACUUUUUAUGGAGGUCAGUCUUUGUAUUGAAAAUUAAUUAAUUAUCAUGGGUCUAAUAAUUUGUUUAUUGAUUUUAAAUUAUUUGUUUACUCACUCAGUGUCAAUGCAAAUUAAUCAUUUUUCUUUUUUACAUAACAAACGUAAAAAAUAAUUAUACAAUAUUUUAUCAUUUUUUUUGCCUUGAAGACUGAGCUGAAAUAACAAUCUCGUACAUGUAUAUAAUAAUAAUAAUAAAUAACAAUAAUAAUAAUUGAUAUAGUUUGUAAAAAAAAAGAAAAAAAUUAAAAUAAAAAAAAGUGGCCCUUUGCACUGUUAACAACUACACAAAAUUUUUUUUCAUUAAAAAAAAAAUAAUAAUAAAAACUCAAUAAUAAAUUCAUCGAAAAUUAGAGAAAAGUAAUUUAAAAACACAAAAAAAAAGACUCCUCGAUCUGACUGAUUAUUUAUUAUUAAAAAAUAAAAAAAAUUUUUUUUUUUUAUCAAAAAUAAUACGGCUGUAUUCGUAUAAAAAGAAAAUUGUAAGAAAAAUUAUUUAAAUUAUUUUUUUUUGAUAAUUAUAUUUAAAGGUAAAUUUAAAUUAUUAUUUAUUUAUUUUUCCUUGUCAUUAGUGUUAAGAUUAUUUCGAAGGCUGACCGCUGGAAUUUACACAAUUGCGCCAAAACUGCACACACAAAUAUAACGUCUACAAUUAAAAAAAAAAUAAUUGGCGUUAAACGCUUUAUAGAUUAUAUCUUGAUAAUUAAAAAAAAAAACUGAGUUGAUAAAUUUGUGAGAAUGUAGUAAUAUUUGUAUAAAUCGUUUGAAACGAAUUUAUAAAAUAAAAUAAAACUGCAGUUGGCUGAAAUAAUUGGUUAAUGAUUUAAUGCAUAAAAAAAUUAAAGGAAAUAUAUACAAAGAUAAAUAAUGAUUAAAAAAAAAACCACCUAACAUUAGUAUAAAAAUAAAUAAAUAAAUAACUUUUUACAAUGAUGAAAAAAAUUGUUUGUUAAGACAAUUUGUUUUUGAAAUAGAAAAAACAAUCGGUAAAUGAUUUUAAAAAUAAAUGAAAAUAUAAAAAAAUAAUCCUCUUUUUAUUUACAUUGUGUACUUUUCAUUUAAUUUAAAUCAUCAUUUUAAAAUUUUGUAUAUUUUAUAUCACUUUUGUAAAUAUUAUUCUAACAUCUUCCAUAAUAUAUAUUUAUUUUUCACAAUUUCUCGGGUUAAUUAGAUAAUUAUAUUUAAAAAAAAGUACAUUUUCUACAAGUUGCACACUUGAAUACUUGAUUAAUGAUUUUUUUUUUUUUUUUUUUAAUGACAAAGUCCGAGCAACGAUAAUGUUGAAUACAAAAAGAAAAAUGUUUAAAGAGCCUUUUCACAUAAUUAAUUAUCUGUUGGAUAUGAAUUUAUUAAUAGUAUUAAGUUGCAUUUAUUAUUAAUUUUAUUAAAGUGUGAUACAAGUUGCGAUAACUUCAAUACAAAAAAAUAAUAAUAAUAAUUCAAUAAAAU